AUGCGAACGGUGCAGCAAAGAAAAGUCUACGGCAAGCGCAGAAUAAACGCCCCCAGAGCAGUGCUUGAAAACGGAAGCCCGGUUAAAUCCUCAGCAGACUUACCCCUUGACCUCCAACCCACAAAACAGACCAUUCCGGAAGAUGUUAUGAGAGAUAUUGAUAUUCAGGUUGCAAAUAUUACAAUUGAAGAUGUGACUUCAACGACCGAACAGAAGCCCAAGGACGAUACACCGUUGCCGGGGAAAUCUCCCGCUCAGAGAAAGUGGCAAUGCCGGACAUCUAUCAGAACACCAACAAGCUUGAGAAAGACGCCACUGAUAUCUACACCAUUAAUACGUGACCAAUCUGUGCAGCCGUCAGCGAGCCCGAGCAUAACCUCUUCGAGUCAAAAGCCCCAAAGGAGACUUUCUUUCACCCCACGACAACCACGAGCCAAACCUACACGAUCGGAACGACUAACAACCAGGCUUUCCUCGGGCUGUGUGGAAGACGAAAAAGUCAACGCAUACGUUCGCCAACUCCUAGACGAAGCUUCAUCCCAACUAGCUGCGCGGGGAGUACAGAAAUUCAGUUCAUGGGCAUGUCGGUCCGAAAGCGCAUUUAAUCCAGUGAAGAUCGCGGAGGGCUCUUAUGGAGAAGUAUACAAACUCCUCUUGAGGGAAGAUAUAUGCAAGCGAAACAUGUCGAAAUCAAGACUAGCAAAACUGCGCGCAUAUGGCGAAGGCGUUUUUAAAGUUGUGCCACUGCGCGCACAUAAAGGACCGGGAUCAAAGAAAUUCACGACUAUCGAUGAGAUUGCGGCUGAGGUUCAAUUGCUCAAGCUGCUCGAUCCAAUACCUGGGUUUGCUCGGUUCAGAGAAGUGCAUGUGGUUCAAGGCCGGUUCCCGCCUUCGUUUCAAAAUGCGUGGGAUAUCUACAAGGCCACAAAAGAUGAUUGUAUGAAUCCAAACCCGGCAAAUAAAAGGGCGUACAGCGACAACCAACUAUGGGCUAUAUUGGAGAUGGACGAUGCCGGUGUCGAGUUGGAGAAGUUCUCUUGGUCUUCGGUUUUCCAAGUAUACGAUAUUUUCUGGGGGGUAGCAAUGGGGUUGGCUAGGGCAGAAGAAUUUGCGUUGUUUGAACACCGAGAUCUUCAUUUGGGCAAUAUCUGUCUUCGGUCUACGAGGGCUGACGGCGAUAUGCAAGCUCUGGCUACCCUUGACACGCAGCAACUAGACAACUCCAGUGGCUUUGGGAUUAGCUCAUUGGAGACCACAAUCAUCGACUACUCGCUGUCACGCGCUGAACUGCAAUUAACAGAUGAUCCGGAGGAGACAGUUGGCAUUGCUUCUUCGGAUCUGGACAGCAAACAACUCUUUGAUGCCGUUGGACGCGACGAGGACGAGAUCCUCCUGCGAAAUACGUAUAGAUAG